UGGGCGUGUUGUCAUGGCUGUGAGCUGCAAAACCUUUCAAUAUAGUAAACAUUCAUUUGUCCUAAAACAGGCCAUGUCAGCGUUGGUGGUGGACAGCGACAUGGAAUAUUAUUUAACAGCAAAGUAAACAUUCUUGACAGAGGUCCGCAUCUUGGUUAUCGCAGAGAUUUUAGGUUCAGCUUUUCCUGAGCUCCUGUCAGUAAACAAUCCGAACAAAUUUCGCCAUCAAGUCCAUCGGCUCAGUCGUGGAGUUUGGCCUGCUGGUCCCUGCAGAUAACAUUACACACAAGAACACAAGAUAUGGAAAUGCUCACCCCUGAUCUGUUCCCGGAAACAUCCCUGGUGCCGUCCCUGACUGCAAUAUCGGCGCGAUCCACUACCAUCCCUCAUAAGCCCCGGAGGCGCAGCAGCAGCGGAACUGACAGCGCUGCCAGGCCCCGGCCGUUGCGCUCAGCCCCCAGGCCAGGCCCCAGCAGAGGCAGCAUGGAGGUGGGGAUGCGCGUGGUGCGUGGCCUGGACUGGAAAUGGGGAAACCAGGAUGAUGGCGAGGGCCACGUGGGUACCGUCGUGGAGAUUGGGCGGCAGGGCAGCACCACCACGCCAGACAAGACAGUGGUGGUACAGUGGGACAGCGGGACAAGAACCAACUACCGCACAGGCUACCAGGGUUCCUACGACCUGCUGCUUUAUGAUAAUGCUCAAAUUGGUGUGCGCCACUCCAACAUCAUCUGCGACAGCUGCAAGAAGCAUGGCAUCAUGGGAAUGCGGUGGAAGUGCAAAGUGUGCUUUGACUAUGACCUGUGCACCCAGUGUUACAUGAACAACAAGCACGACCUGAGCCACGCUUUCGAGCGAUACGAGACAGCACACUCCCAGCCAGUGAGCUUGGCACCGAGGCAGAACCUCCCGCGGAUCAUCCUCAAAGGAAUCUUCCAGGGGGUUAAAGUGGUUCGUGGACCUGACUGGGACUGGGGUAACCAAGACGGCGGGGAGGGUAAGGUUGGGAAGGUAGUGGACAUUCGUGGCUGGGACACAGAGUCCGGCCGCAGCGUGGCCAGUGUCACCUGGUCUAAUGGCACCACCAAUGUCUACCGAAUGGGACACAAGGGCAAGGUAGACCUCAAAUACGUGUCUGACGGGCAGGGAGGCUUCUAUUACAAAGACCAUCUACCAAAGUUAGGAGAGCACGCAGAGCUGCAGCGCCAGGAGAGUGCUGACGGCCACUCCUUCCAGCAGGGCGACAAGGUUAAAUGUCUCUUGGAGGUGGACAUCCUGCGACAGAUGCAGGAGGGUCACGGAGGUUGGAACCCCAAAAUGGCUGAGUACAUUUGCCGGAUCGGGACUGUUCAUAGAAUCACUGACCGAGGAGAUGUCAGAGUCCAGUACAGCAACAACAUCCGCUGGACUUUCCAUCCUGGGGCCCUCACCAAGGUGAACACUUUUGGAGUUGGCGAACUAGUAAGAGUAUUGGAGGACAUGGAGAGUGUGAAGAGACUGCAGGCAGGCCAUGGAGAGUGGACUGACAGCAUGGCUCCCGUGCUUGGCCAGGUCGGAAAGGUGUUGAAAGUGUAUGCAGACGGUGACCUACGGGUGGCGUUUGGUGGCCAGACGUGGACAUUUAACCCAGCGUGCCUCUCAGCCCAGCCUGUGGAGGUGGAUGCCAACCUCAUGACAGCUGAGAAUCCCAACGAAUCUGGAAGUACAGUCAUCUCAGUGCUGGAGAAGCUGCUGUCCCAGUCCACAGAGCAGGACAAUCCCAGCCGGCUGGUCAUCGAGGCAGCGCACGGCAGUGCCAACAAAGUGCGGGAGCUGGUGCAGAAGUAUCCUGACAAGGUGGAUAUCAAGAACCAGGGCAAAACUGCGCUGCAGGUCGCUGCUCACCAAGGCCACAUGGAGGUGGUGAAGGCCCUGCUGCAGGCCAACGGCUCCAUCGAGGUCAAGGAUGAAGAUGGUGAUACUGCAUUGCACUACACUGCCUUCGGGAAUCAGGCAGAGAUUGCACGGCUGCUGUUGAGCAAGGGGGCAAACAUCAACCUCCUGAACAACUCGAUGUGCACGGCGCUCCACAUUGCCGUCAACAAGGGCUUCACCGACGUGGUGCGAGUGCUAACCGAACAUUCGGCUGAUGUCAAUCUCCAGGAUUCAUACGGGGACACACCGCUCCAUGACGCCAUUUCUAAAGAUUUCCGCAAUAUCAUAGAGAUCCUGGUCUUGGUGCCCAACAUCGACUUCACCCAGCAGAACCACCGAGGCUUCAACCUGCUGCACCAUGCUGCCCUCAAAGGAAACAAACUGGCCACGGAGAAGAUCCUGGCCCGGGCACGGCAGCUGGUGGACGUUAAGAAGGAGGACGGCUUCUCCGCGCUGCAUCUGGCUUCCCUGAACAACCACCGUGAUGUGGCCGAGAUCCUCGUCAAGGAAGGACGCUGCGACAUCAACAUCCGCAACAACCGGAACCAGACGCCGCUGCAGCUGGCGGUGACGCAGGGCCACACCGAACUGGUGCAGCUGCUGGUGGCCGAGGGCGCCGACGUCAACAUGGAGGACGAGGACGGAGACACGGCCAUGCACGUGGCCCUCCUCCGCCCGCAGCUGGCCAACGUAAUGCUCAGCCCCGCCGUGGGAACCAGCAGCACGGAGGAGAGCGGCGAGGGUUGCUCCUCCACAUCGCUCUACUGCAGGCUGAACGCUUCAGGUCUCCUGGGGAACACCGAGCUGAGCGUCGGUGCAGCUAUCGCUUGUUUUCUAGCGCAGGAAGGUGCCGACAUCAACUACGCAAACCACAAGGGCAAGAGUCCCCUGGACCUGGUGGCAGACAGCGGCAUGCUGCAGCUCAUCAAGAGCUUCUCUGAGAAACACAGGUUGCAGCGUCUGCAGGCCAUCACUUGCGGACAGGGCCUGAGCAGUGCCAGCCUCCGGCGGGUCCACACGACGCCCAACACCAUGACCAACCUGGUUCUUCCCACACCGCCAGGGCCCAGCGAAUGCCUCAUCUGCUCCGAGCUGGCGCUGCUGGUUCUCUUCUGCCCCUGCCAGCACAGUGUGGCCUGUGAAGAGUGUGCUCACCGAAUGAAGAAAUGCAUCAAAUGUCAAGUCACAAUCACCAAGAAAAUUAGACAAGACCAAACAGAAGUGGACUGCAGCCCCGGCACCGAGAACUCGGAGCAGCACAACCUGCUGGAGCAGCUGCAGUCUCGCUACCGCCAGAUGGAGGAGCGAAUCACCUGCCCCAUCUGCAUCGACAACCACAUCAAGCUGGUCUUCCAGUGCGGACACGCCUCCUGCAUCGACUGCAGUGCCGCGCUUAAGACCUGCCCCAUCUGCCGGCAGACCAUCCGCGAGCGGAUCCAGCUAUUUGUCUGAGCAUCUCUGUCCUCUCUGCUGUCACCGACCCAAAACAGGAUGUCGGAGGGGGCUGGAGAGAAGCGAGGGCGGAAGGGGGCAGCGGUUAUAUCUUUGAAGACCCAGAGACAUAUAUCUGCCUGUCGCACCCUCCUGCUUCACCCCCCCACACCCAGUGAUCGAACACUCACUCAGCCCAUAGGUUGCUUUACUAUAAAACGCUGUGUUACAUCGCUGAGAGUCUACUGUUUGUUACAUUUCGAGUAUUUUCCCACCUGAGCAGGAACAUAACGUAAUGUUCAGCGUCAGAACUGAUGCUCCGCCGAGCUUGACGAGAAGCAGACGAAGGCGGCGUUGCGAGGUGAUGCUUCCGCUUUGAAUAGUCUGAUUGGUAAUCUGAAAGAAAACGGUCCCCCCGCCUCUUCUUUUUCCUCGGCCCCACUCAGCCUCCACCUCCUGUAAUCUGUCCUAUCUUUGCUGCUUUAAGUGGAUGUCUGUUACCCAUCAUUCUCUCUGGCUGUCUGGCCUCCUCUGUUUACAAGGCUGCGCAGAAUCAGUCCUCCCCCUCCUCCCCCGUCUUCUCCCCCCUCAGCCUGUCCCGUGAAUUAUGUUUGCUCUCAUUUGUACUGAUCUCUUAAUAAUCAGUGUUAGUCUCUGCAGAGAGAGUUGGUAUAACUAAAGGCUCUCUAUAUAGUCCCCAACCACUCGCCUGUAUGCAAGGGGAAAUACACACUAUAUAUGCAUGAAUAUAUGCAUAUUGUAAAGCUGAAAAUGACUGUGUUGUCAUGGGUGAUCUGUCGUUGUUGUUGUUUUAUUUCUCUCUGGUUACAUUUGUGGUUUCUAAUGUACCGAUAAGUAUGGUUUUUAUUUAUGUGUGAAAGGUGGUAUUACUUAGUAAUGUCUUUUUAUUUCAGUUGGCGUUUGCUUGGCAAAAAUGUUUUUGUUUCUACUGAAAUUCACCCCAAGCCUAUGUCCUCUACUCAGGGUAUCAAAUCAUUGAUAGCACUUGUGAUAUCCAUAAAAGGUUAAAAAGCCCCCCCCCCACACACACACACACCCACACACACAACAUUACAGAGCUACAGUGUGUCGGAUCAUGUUGGUGGUGGGUCACUGGAAGAAAAUGUCAUUUAUAACCCGGUCAUAAAGUUGUGCAUAGUGACACAAAACGGCUAAAGAAAUACUCAGUUUACUUUAUCAACCUUUAAAUUGUCAUUCUCAUUAGUGAAACGAAUGUUUGUAGAAGAGUUUCUGCAACAAAACUCAUUUUUCCUCUAAAAUACACAAAAAACAAAGGUCCAUAAAGCCUCCCAGGUGCAGUUGUCACUCUGUUUGAUCAGAAAGCUUUGUGUCGUCCUGCCGGGUCGUGUCCGAAGACCACAGUCUGUCUGUCACUCGGCUGGUGUAGAGACCCCGACCAGCAGCGGCUUCACACUUUAAAGGAGGAUACUCGUGUUUUGUUAGUCAUCCACCACAUGUAUUGUAAGAUAUAGAAUCAGAAGGGCAAAAACAAGACAUUGUCGUGUUGCACCUCUCGUUUCACGUCCACCAUCUUAGUCAAGUCGUGUCAGAAGAAAACAAACCCUCUCUCUCCUCUGGAGUUCUGGAUUGUACAUCGUCUUCAUCCUCUAAUGUUUUGGUGUGUUUUCUUGAAGGGCUUAUGCAUAUGAGAAAAAAAAAAUCUUAUCUAUUUUAAUCUUAAUUUAAUUUUUAUUUUCUAUAAUGAACUUCCGGAGACAGGAGGGGUUUUUUUUUGUUUUGUCUUUAUUAGAUCCCACAUUUUGGGAGAGCCAAUGUUAAAGAUGUACAUUUGAAUGUCGAGGAAAAAAAAAAUAUUUAUCCUGUCUCACUCUGCCUUUUUUUUAAAUGUGUAAAGAAAAAAGAUGUAAGAGAAGGAGCUGGAGAGACUGAGACGUGUUUGCCACACGGUUUACUUUGAGGAAAGAACUUUUACAUCAGUGCCAAAUCGCAUGAGGAUGUGCAUGGGCAUGCACGCCCGAAUCUAUGUAGACGCACUACGCUAAACCCCUCCAAGCUCAGGCGAGGGUUCAAUUAUUCCAGCAGUGAGAGUAAACUAAAAGCAAAACGUUGAUAUUUUAUUUAGUUAAAAAAAAAUCCGAAGUGUUAUCUCAGCACACUCAGUUACUGGUGUUAGAAGUCGAGCUAAUGGUGUUAGCCUCCUAACUUUUAGCUGUAAUGCGCUGAGCCUCCUCAUGUUCUCAAUGACAAGUGACGCAACACUCACUUUGAAAACGCGACGGUCCCAUAUUGUUUGGAGCUUUUUACAAGUAUAUAUAUUUAUAUUUUGUGAGACGUUAUAAAAUCAAGGGACAAGUUUCUUACAGAGGUUCCAGCAUUUUAAGCAUUGUCCGUUGGUGAUCUUGGUUAGUUUACAGGCAAAGGCAAUAAUGUUUUAGAAAAAAAAAAUGGGAAAGAUGUUUGAGUUCUUUCUUUUUCUCCCCCUGAAGGAGGUGGCUGUGAAACAAUUUAUGUAUAAAAAACAAAACAAAACACUACUAAAGCAGCAAAAGUUAUUAUUGGUGUUUGUACAUUUCAGCUCUUGGAGUUCUGAUGUUGGCCUUACUGUCCAUUCCUCCUCUGUUGAUGUUUUUUCAGUUGUAUUCUGUACAAAAAUAUUUUGCAAUAAAUAUGGAACUGUUUUCUAAGGA